AUGCGCCUCAACUCGGUAACCAGCGCCGUGACGUUGGCAGCCGUUGCGGUUCAAGCCAGAGAGCUCCCAAAGGAUGAGGCUCGCGCAGCCGAGCUUUACGACUCGGGCGUGAUCCACGACAGACUCAUGUCUAUGAAGAUUGCACACUGGGAAGCCGAAGAAGCCGUUGGCCUCAUGAACUCGUCCCAAUGGCCUAGACUCGGCUACACCAAAUGCGUCAACGGAUACGCCGAGGCGAUCCCGGACAGCCCUCUGCACAAGUUCAAGUGCAAAAACAUGGAUCUCUAUGACUUUGUCAACCAUGCCACCCUGGGUUCGCCCAACACAGAUUAUCGUGGAAAGAGUGGAAGCUCCUCUUGGGGCUGGACUGACCCCGAUUCCGGCCGAGAGUUCAUCGUCAGCGGCAUGUUUGAUGGAUGCGCCUUCAUCGAGAUCUUGCCUGAAGGGAAGAUGCUGAAUCUUGGAUUCUUGCCGACCUACUCACCUGUUGGCGACAGAGCCUACUGGCAUGAAAUCCGGCCCUAUCAGCAUUAUAUGCUGAUCGGAUCUGAGCUUGAGGGCCAUGGCGUCCAGAUCUUUGAUAUGAAGAAGCUUCUGGAUAUCGAACCCGCCGCAGCGCCGGUCCUUUUCACAAACGAGGAUGACCUUACCGGCCACUUCAUCGAGUCUCUUCCGCUGGGCCGCAGUCACAAUGUUGUGGUGAACGAAGAAGCCAAGUACGCCGUCGCCGUUGGUGUUCAGCCCCGCAACGAGGGCUGCAUGGGCGGUCUUCACUUCUACGACAUCGAGGACCCGAGCAAUCCCGUCUUCCUGGGCUGCGACGGUCAAGACGGCUACGUUCAUGAUGCGCAAUGUCUCAUUUACCGGGGGCCCGAUGCCAAGUACAACGGCCGUGACAUCUGCUACGGCUACAACGAGGACACGUUGACCAUCUACGACGUUUCUGACAAGAAGAACUCCAAGAUCAUUUCCCGCACGAGCUACGAGGGCGCCACCUUCACCCACCAGGGCUGGGUUAAUGACUUGAACUGGCAAGAAUGGCUCUUCAUGGAUGACGAGUACGACGAGGAUGACUUGGCGGGCCCUGCUGCUGACGGAUACCCGGUGACUUACAUCUGGGAUAUCCGAUCCCUGGAGGCCCCUCGCCAGACCGGCAUCUUCAAGGGCACCGUCAAGGGCAUCGACCACAACCAAUAUGUCGUCGGGGACUUGCUCUUCCAGUCGAACUACGGCGCCGGCGUCCGUGUGUGGGACAUCUCUUCAGUGCCCGAAGACCCCACUGGUAACUCAGUUUGCGAAAUUGCAUACUUUGACAUCUACCCCGAGGACGACUCCCUACCCGGGGGUGGUGCGAUACAGUUCUCCGGCACGUGGUCCUCGUAUGCCUAUUUCAAGUCGGGCUUCAUCUUUGUCAACACGAUUGAGCGCGGUGGCUACCUGGUCAAGAUGACCAAGAGGGAGGAGUGCAAGCCCAAGAGCUGCAGCGCCGACAACUGCCUGCGCGCCCUGAGGGCCUCCAACGUUCCCGGCCGGCUAGAGGAGAGCCAGGCGUUCUGCGGGGAGUUCACAAAGACCUUCAUCGCGGAUAUUGCGGUUGUUCCCCAGUAUGCCGCAGAGGCUUGCCCAACCAACGUCAUCUCUAGGGUGAGCUCCGCCUGCUCAUGCUUGCCAACUCCCACUGCAUAA